ACGGAAUCCCCUUGGAGGAAAUGUAGACUCAGGCACAGUACACAGGGUACAGUAGGCAACCUACACCCCUGAAACAUCCACAUCCCAAAUAAAAGCAGUCCUCCACAUUUUACUUUAUCGCUUCAACAUGAAGGUCUCCAGCAUAGACUGCCGACGCCUGCGGAAGAUCAUACGGAAAGAGAGUGGAAGUUGUCUUAUUGUGGACUGUAGACCGUACUUCUCCUUCUCCAGCUCGAGCAUCAAAGAAUCCGUUAAUGUGAACUUGAAUUCGGUGGUGGUCCGGAGGUCCCGCGGCGGUCCGGUACCGCUGCAGUUCGUCAUUCCGGACGAGGAAGCUUUGUUUCGGCUACGGCAGGGCAGCAUCUCCGCGGUCGUGGCUCUGGAUGACCGAACACCUCAUUUACAAAAACUGAAGAAAGACAGUAUCACUCAGAUUGUCAUUAAUUCUUUGUCGCACUUGGCGAGUAGCGCGAGCAUCUGCUUCCUUAAAGGAGGCUACGAGAACUUCCAUUCCCAUUACCCCGAGCUUUGCACUGAAACCAAGUCUGUGGACCUGAGUGAAGACAAAAGCGAAAGAGGCGUCAGCAGUCACUGUGACAAAUUAGCUUCUCACCACAAACCAGACUAUGAUCAGGGCCGGCCGGUGGAGAUCUUGCCUUUCCUGUACCUGGGCAGUGCCUAUCACGCCUGUAGACAGGACUAUCUCAGUGACCUCCGCAUAACAGCGCUGCUGAACGUCUCACGCAGGGACUCUCGGCCCGCCAAAGGACAGUUCGACUACAAAUGGAUCCCGGUGGAGGACAGUCACACGGCAGACAUCAGCUCACACUUCCAGGAAGCCAUAGAUUUUAUUGAACGUGUGAAAGAAAAGGGAGGUAAAGUGCUGGUCCACUGCGAGGCUGGAAUCUCUCGUUCUCCCACCAUCUGCAUGGCGUACAUCAUGAAAACCCAACGGUUGCAGCUGGAGCAGGCUUUCGAGGUCAUCCGAAAGCGGCGUGCCAUCAUCUCGCCCAAUUUUAGCUUCAUGGGUCAACUACUCCAGUUCGAGUCGGAGGUGGUUUCUUCCACGCCUCCAUCCAUCACUCCUGCCGCUCAGGAGACGCCCACCUUCUUCAGUGGUGACUUCACACUCGAAACUGAGAGCUACAAGUCCUCGGUUUUCACCUUCCCUACCUCCUUCCUGACACCAAUGCCCAUCCAACCAUCAGUUCACCAGUUCAAACUGAGUCCAAUAACUGCGCUGCCUUAAAAUGGCUGCCGACUCACUGCAGUCUCAGUGUACUUGAAAAAUAAAAGGACGAACAGAACAAAGCAAUGGACUAUCACAGGGAAUACAAAUGUUUUCAUAUUUAAAAAAAAAUCAUGAGACAGUGUUAGCUUUUUGAUUUUUUUGCCUUAGAGAAAACCACUGCACAAUGAUUACACUGCAAUACCUGCCUUAGCUUGAUAAUGUUCUGCCUAUCAACAGCGCCUAUAGGCAAAUUAAAUUAUUGUGUUUCUUUUUUUAGAACAGUUUCUUUUUUAUGAAUUGUGGAUCUGUUAAUAAACGUUUUUACAGUGUA